UGUCAGCCGGCAUCGAAUGCGAUUAGUUAUCAUUUGGCCUUUAAUUCAAUCGGUUCGGUUGGGCUUCUCCCUGCAUAGAAUUUACUACGUAAUGUUCCAUGGAAAUUGUUAAUUUUUGUGCUGGUUAAAAACUCAUUUAUUCAUAGAAAAUUGUACAGCUAAGCGCAGCAGACAGCAACAAAAGCAGCAGCAGCAGCAGAAAGGCUGACAACAUGACACAGGAUCAAGGCAGAAACGGCAAUGGCAAUGGCAGCGGCAACGGCAACUCUGUGCCACAGGACACACAGAGUGGCAACACUCCCCCCGCGCUGCAUACGAAAUUAGACAUACAAAAAUUCCCGGAAGACUACAACAAAGCGCAGACGGAUGGCAAUGGAGUUGGUGUCGGUGUCGGUGCGGGUGGAGCGGCUGGCGAUGCCACACAAAACGCUGCAACAAUAAUUUUAACGCCGACAUCAUUAAAUUUAACAACAAAUACAACACAAAAUGUUGCCGGUAACAAUGCGGGAGCCCUGCCCAUUCCUAGUGGCGUCGGCGGCGGAGGCGGCGGAGAAGGCCAGAGCGAGGAAUACAAAGGACCCAAGUGGUGGCGUCACAUUGUGCUGCAUUGGUCGCUGAUUUCGGAGCAUGUCGCCCUGCUGGUCAUCUUUCUGGGCAUCUGGGCGAUGGCCUGGAUUCUGCUGCGGGAAUUCUCCGAGCCACAGACCGUCAUCAUGCGCAUUGCAUUCCUAUUUGUGGGCGCCCAGAUAUCCGGCAUUCUGGUGACAUUUGUGCACUUGCCCGACAUGCUGGGCAUGCUCUUCUUUGGCGUGCUCUACGCCAAUUUGGGGCUGGCCAAUUUCGAAGGCUAUCAGGGAUUUGAACUGUUUCUGAGGGAAAUGGCUCUGAUCAAUAUCAUGCUGCUGGCUGGCCUCGGACUGGACGGGGAUGCGUUUAAGCGCCUGUGGUUUAUGAUUCUCCGCCUAACGCUGCUGCCCACAAUUGCCGAGGUGGCGGCCAUCGCCGGACUGGCUUACCUCACCCUUUCGAUGCCCUGGCUCUGGGGCAUUACUUUGGGUUUGGUCAUCACCGCCAUAUCACCGAAUGUGGUGGUCACCGUUAUGCUCAAGCUGAAGGAGGAUCGUCUGGGACUGAACAGUGGCAUACACACCCUCAUCUACGCGAUGACCACAUGCAACGAUGUGGUGUCCAUCUUCAUGUUCGGCGUAAUAAUCAGCGUCAUCUUCUCCACAACCUCGCUCACCCAGCAAGUGCUGCAAGGACCCAUUGGCAUUGGAAUUGGACUCGUUUUUGGUUAUCUCUAUGGCAUGAUGCUCCAGUUCUUGCCGUCUCGCAACGCGACAUACGCAAAUGGUCUCCGCUUCGUGCUGACCAUCUUGGGCGGCACCAUCGCCGUGAUGGGCAGCCGCGUCAUUGGCUAUACGUCGGCCGGUGCCCUGGGAUGUGUAACGACUGCCUUUAUUGCGAGAAUUGGCUGGAGGCGGGAGGAGAGCAAGCUGACACCGCAGCAACUGCAGGCACAUCAGAUUGCCAGUGUCCCCAAGCGUCUGGAUCUGCUGUGGAAGUUCCUCAAGCCCGUCUCGUUCGCACUCAUUGGCAAGGAAAUUAAUUUCAGUGUGCUGCAGGGCCAUGUAAUCGGUUAUGGGGCAUUGCUGGUGCUGGUCGGAAGUUUGUUUCGCUUGGGUUUUGCAUAUUUAUCCACAUAUGGCGGAAAUCUGUCGAGAAAGGAACGUGCCUACAUUACAAUUUCCGGUUUUCCCAAAGCAACUGUCCAAGCGGCACUGGGUCCCGUGGCACUGGAUCUGGCACGUGCUGCCAGCGUGGCCAACGAAGCGCAGCUGGCCCUGGCGGGCAAUGUGCUCAUCAUCUCAGUGCUGGCGAUUAUAUUCACGGCGCCACUGGGCGCCAUUCUCAUGCUGCGGCUAGCUCCGCACUGGCUCAAACAUGGCGAUGCAGUGGAUGAGGCCACCGAUGCCUCCCCCACUCCAACUACAAUUGUGCCCGAAGCUCCCUCAAACGCAUACAAAAGGGCAUAGACGGAGCUGCUGCUGUUGCUGUUGCUGCUGCGGGGUAACGAUCUUGCCCUGCAUUUGGAUGCCAUUAGGCUUAACUCUCUCACUUAACCAGAACUCCUCCAGCUAAAAGUUUUUAAUCCAACUGUGUCGAUGGUUGUACUUACAUAACCUACCUACCCCUACCUACCUACCUACCCCUAGCCUGUGUAGUACUUAUACUUAUGUGCGUGUACUUAUGUUGUUGCCAUACAGAGUGCAAAUGAAAAUAAAACUAAAUGC